UUCGAAUAAAAUCUGCCACAGUUAUCCUGACAAUUACCCACGGUAUCUCUCCAUCCUCAUCCCAUCUCAUACUCAUUCCAUCUAUGUAAAUCAAGUUGAUCCACAAAUACACCCGAAUCAUGGCCAUCGACAGCCUGGGCCCAAUCGAGCACGCCGUCAAAUCCAUCAAACACCCUGGCAGCAUCAUCGUGCUAACCUCUAGCGUCGACCAGACCGUCUACGCGAAUACCGUCGAGGGCCGCGCCAUCACCAAGAUAUUCAUCCACCGUACCUUUGCCCCUUCCCCAACCUCCAUCACACCCACACCCUCUAAUCUACUUGUAGCAUCCUGCUCCCGCCUCUUCCUUGACAGCAACACCUGCACACAAUGGAGCAUUCCCGUCCCCAUCACCGAGCAGAACUCUCUUCUGCGCUGCAUAUACAUCGAGCAAACGUUUUACGAUGACCGCGGCGUCGAGAGAAGGUUACUACAUAGAGGCUACUUUGAGCCCACCGAAAUGCCCUUUGAGUUUCGUGGGACGUAUGUGUUUCCACGUUGCGGCCAGUGGGUGAAGGACGGCUUUGUGGAUUUGCACGUGCGGUUUUCACUGGUGGCUUCCCCUCCUUUCUUUCAUUUAACAAGAAUGAGCGUCGACGCAUGGAACAAAUUCGCAGAAUGUAGCGUUCGCGUCUUCGGUCAGGAACCAGUUGAGUACCAGCUUCCCCCUCUCCCUCCUCCUCCGCCUCCUCUUCCUCUUCUCGGUAGAGAGGAUAGUCCCCCUCGACAAUCCCACUUCAACUGCCGCUGCCCGAUGCGGGUCAGCGACGAGCUAAUUCUCACAGACAACAUACUAGAGACGGGGAAUAAUAUGUAUAUAGCGUUCAAAGAUAAUGGACAUAUCGAGUACUCGUCCGAGCGGCCUGCAUUGGGUAUUGAGAUCAAGAUAGAUACGCUCAGGUGGACGGCUGCCCUAUGUGCGAUGUUGAAGGUUAGAGAAGGGGAGGGUAAUGGUAAUGUGAAGGAGGGGGAAGAGGAUGAGGAAGAGGGCGCUAGUAUGCAUCUCAUGACUGUGAUUGGGAAGGGAGGUGAGGUUAAGAUUCGUCUGCCGUUGGCAUUAGCGGCUGGGUCGGGGGUUUUUUAAUGGGUAGAUCUUGUCUUUGUGUUGCUUUUGGGAUGUAGAUGUAGAUGAUCACUGCCGUAGGUAAGGCUAAGCAUAGGAAAGACAUAUUCCGUUCCAGCUGAGGUUGGGAGUCCACAUAGCCAUGCAAUUCGAUUAUG